UCCUUUGUGCCUCCUGACUGACACCGGUGCUUCUUCCUGUGGACCUGGCCUGCCGUGGCACGGCGCACCCCUCUCCUUUCUGGCCAAAUGGCGAAAAUGAGUUCUUCAGUAAGAAGAAAAGGCAAGCCAGGCAAAGGAGGUGGAAAAGGGUCGUCUAGAGGAGCCAGAGGAGGCAGGAGUCACACCAAUAAAUCGCACGGGGGCGGCGGCGGCGGUGGUGGUGGCAGUGCUGGCAAUCGGAAGGCCUCGAGUAGAAUUUGGGAUGAUGGCGAUGACUUUUGUAUCUUCGGUGAAUCAAGGCGCUCAUCCAGACCUAGCAACAGUAGCAUAAGAAAAGGAGAGGCACGCCCCAGAUGGAAGCCCGAAGUCAAAGUACCCCUUCAGACCCUGCACAUGACUUCUGAGAACCAGGAGAAAGUGAAAGCUCUUCUCCGGGACCUGCAGGAGCAAGACGCAGACGCUGGAUCUGAAAGAGGCAUUUCCGGGGAGGAGGAAGAUGAUGAGCCUGAGUGUGAUGAUGAACAGUACUGGUCUGCUGGACGAGAAGCUUCCCUUGUUCCUGACUGUGACCCUUUGGAAUAUGCUGGCUCAGGCCCAGUGGAGCCUCAGAGUCCAGAGUUUACCGUCUCGACAUUUGCAGUGCAGAAGCUUUCCAGGUAUGGCUUCGACACCGAGCGCUGUCAGGCAGCCCUGAGGCUCUGUGAUGGAGAUGUCGGGGCAUCACUAGAACAUCUGCUCACACAGUGUUUUUCAGAGACAUUUGGGGAGAAGAUGAAGAGCUCGGAGGCAGUUGUCCAUGUCAGCUUGGAUGAAUGUGUGGAACAGCGGCAGGAAGAGGCAUUUGCUCUCAAGUCCAUCUGUGGAGAGAAAUUUAUAGAAAGAAUUCAGAACCGAGUCUGGACCAUUGGAUUAGAACUGGAGUACUUGACAAGUAAAUUCUGCAAAUCCAAGCAAAGGGAAAGUACCAAAAAUACACAGGACGCUACACUUGAAGUCUGUAAAUUUUACCUCAAAGGAAAUUGUAAAUUUGGAUCAAGAUGCAAAUUCAAACAUGAAGUGCCCCCAAAUCAGAUUGUUGGAAGAGCGGAAAGAAUUGUAGAUGAUUCUCAUCUUAAUGCCCACGAAGAUGCCUCUUUUUUAUAUGAACUCGAAAUUCGAUUUUCUAAAGACCACAAAUACCCUUACCAAGCUCCUCUUGUGGCAUUUUAUUCCACCAAUGAGAAUCUACCUCUGGCUUGUCGUUUACAUAUUUCUGAAUUCCUUUAUGGCAAGGCCUUGACAUUUGCAGAAACUUCAGAACCUGUUGUGUAUUCUUUGAUAACCCUUUUAGAGGAAGAAUCAGAAAUAGUCAAUUUACUGACAAAUACCCAUCACAAGUACAGUGUCCCUCCUGUGAACUUUCUGCCAGUAUCCUCUGGGACCAGAAUAAAUAAUCCUGUCUGUCGUAAACCAAUGAUUCCAAAUAAUUCUUUUGCUUCAAAUCAAAUUCCUGAAGUUGAAAAAGAAUCAGAACCUGAGGAGGAGACAGAUGAGGAUGAAGGUCCUGCACCAGUUAUAGUGGAGAAUGAAAGCUAUGUGAACCUUAAGAAAAAGAUUUCCAAAAGAUAUGACUGGCAGGCAAAAUCAGUACAUGCUGAAAAUGCUAAAAUCUGCAAGCAGUUCCGAAUAAAACAGGCUUCCAGACAGUUCCAGUCAAUUCUGCAAGAAAGACAAUCACUCCCUGCUUGGGAAGAAAGAGAAACCAUUCUUAAAUUGUUGAGCGAGCACCAAGUGCUUGUUAUAAGUGGUAUGACAGGAUGUGGGAAAACUACACAGAUUCCUCAGUUUAUUCUGGAUGAUUCUCUGAAUGGACCACCUGAGAAAGUGGCUAACAUCAUCUGUACCCAACCCCGACGAAUUUCAGCAAUAUCUGUUGCUGAACGUGUUGCUAAAGAAAGGACAGAAAGAGUGGGUCUGACUGUGGGGUACCAGAUCCGGCUAGAAAGUGUCAAGUCCUCAGCCACCAGGCUGUUAUACUGCACCACGGGCGUGCUGCUGAGAAGGCUGGAAGGAGACACAGCUCUCCAAGGAGUCACCCAUAUCAUCGUUGAUGAAGUUCAUGAGAGGACAGAAGAAAGUGACUUCUUGCUGCUAGUCUUGAAGGACAUUGUGUUGCAGAGACCAACUCUUCAAGUUAUUCUAAUGAGUGCAACUUUAAAUGCUGAGCUCUUUUCAGAAUAUUUCAAUUCCUGCCCAGUUAUUACUAUACCAGGUCGUACAUUUCCUGUUGAUCAGUUUUUUCUGGAAGAUGCAAUUGCUGUGACAAGGUACGUGUUACAGGACGGGAGCCCGUAUAUGCGCUCCGCGAAGCAGAUGACGAAGGAGAAGCUGAGAGCAAGGCGCAGCAGAACUGCAUUUGAAGAAGUAGAGGAAGACCUGAGGCUCUCUCUCCACCUCCAGCCCCAGGAUUCUGUCAAAGAUGCAGUGCCAGACCAGCAGUUAGAUUUCAAGCAGCUCCUGGCCCGCUAUAAAGGGGUUAGCAAAUCAGUCAUCAAAACAAUGUCCAUCAUGGAUUUCGAAAAGGUUAAUCUUGAAUUAAUAGAGGCCUUGUUAGAGUGGAUUGUAGAUGGAAAGCACUCCUACCCUCCAGGUGCUAUACUUGUAUUUUUACCGGGACUAGCAGAAAUCAAAAUGCUGUAUGAACAGCUACAGUCUAAUUCUCUCUUCAACAACAGACGCAGUCAUCGAUGUGUGGUGCACCCACUUCAUUCAUCUUUAUCCAGUGAAGAGCAGCAGGCAGUGUUCGUAAAACCCCCUGCGGGUGUAACCAAGAUCAUCAUUUCCACCAACAUUGCAGAGACAUCCAUAACCAUCGACGAUGUUGUCUAUGUCAUCGAUUCCGGGAAAAUGAAAGAGAAGAGAUAUGAUGCCAGCAAAGGGAUGGAGAGCCUAGAAGAUACUUUCGUCUCUCAAGCCAAUGCUCUGCAGAGGAAAGGUCGAGCAGGCCGUGUUGCCUCUGGGGUCUGCUUCCACUUAUUCACCAGCCAUCACUUCAAUCACCAGCUAUUAAAGCAGCAGCUUCCAGAGAUUCAAAGAGUGCCGUUGGAGCAGCUGUGUCUGAGAAUUAAAAUUUUAGAGAUGUUUAGCACUCACAAUCUCCAGUCUGUGUUCUCUCGGCUCAUUGAGCCGCCGCACACUGACUCUCUCCGCGCCUCAAAAAUACGAUUACGAGACUUAGGAGCAUUAACUCCAGAUGAAAAGCUGACCCCCCUAGGGUAUCACUUGGCCUCUCUGCCCGUGGAUGUGAGAAUCGGCAAACUGAUGCUGUUUGGGUCUAUCUUCCGCUGUCUGGAUCCUGCCCUCACCAUUGCUGCCAGUUUGGCUUUUAAGUCUCCUUUUGUGUCUCCCUGGGAUAAAAAGGAGGAAGCUAACCAGAAAAAGCUAGAAUUUGCAUAUGCAAACAGUGACUAUCUGGCUCUUCUACGAGCAUAUAAGGGAUGGCAGCUAAGUACAAAAGAAGGAAUGCGUGCAAGUUACAAUUACUGCAGACAGAACUUCUUGUCUGGAAGAGUUCUUCAGGAAAUGGCCAGCCUCAAACGACAAUUCACUGAACUGUUAUCAGAUAUAGGCUUUGUAAAGGAGGGACUCAGAGCAAGGGAAAUUGAGAAAAGAGCCCAAGGAGGAGAUGGUAUCUUGGACGCCACAGGAGAAGAGGCAAACUCAAAUGCUGAGAACCCCAAGCUGAUAUCAGCAAUGCUGUGUGCUGCUCUUUAUCCAAAUGUAGUGCAGGUGAAAAGCCCAGAAGGGAAAUUUCAGAAGACCAGUACCGGAGCUGUCAGAAUGCAACCCAAAUCAGAGGAGUUGAAGUUUGUCACCAAGAACGAUGGCUAUGUGCACAUCCACCCUUCAUCAGUGAACUAUCAGGUCAGACACUUUGACAGCCCCUACCUGGUGUACCACGAAAAGAUCAAAACUAGUCGGGUGUUCAUUCGAGACUGCAGUGUGGUGUCCGUGUACCCACUGGUCCUGUUCGGGGGAGGCCAAGUGAGCGUGCAGCUUCAGAGAGGGGAGUUUAUUGUGUCCUUGGAUGACGGUUGGAUCCGUUUUGCGGCUGCUUCGCAUCAGGUGGCCGAAUUAGUAAAGGAACUCCGUUGUGAACUUGACCAGCUCCUCCAGGAUAAGAUAAAAAACCCAAGCAUAGAUCUGUGUACAUGUCCUCGAGGAUCCCGGAUCAUCAGCAUGAUUGUGAAACUUGUCACCACACAAUAAAGUCCAGUGUCAGGAG